UUGUGUUUUGUCUUCUUCAACGCAAUUCACUGCCCAGAAUCAUUCCCAUCAUCCUCAGGUUCAAUUCCCUGGCCCCAUCCGUUUUACGUUAUAUAUAUAUGAUUAAAUUAUUAAUGUAAUCUAUGUCGGCAACAGAUCAACAAGAAGCAACGUUAAUGGAGACCGCGACGGAGAUGGGCGACAUAGAGGCUCCCACCACCCAAUUGCAAGCCAACCCCCAACUGGAAUCCGAUACUUCUGCAGCCAUCUUCAAGAAAGCCAAUCGUCCUGUUACUUUGAAGUUUGAGAAUGUGGUUUACAAGGUGAAGCCGGACCAAAAACAAGGAUUAAGCUUCCUGAAAACCAAGAAACAAAAAUCUGAAGCAGAAAAAAUAAUCUUGAAAGGGGUGACGGGGAUUGUGUUUCCCGGCGAAGUUCUUGCCAUGCUGGGCCCUUCAGGGAGCGGCAAGACCACUCUACUAACCGCACUGGGAGGCCGACUGGGCGGCCAUCUCGCCGGGACUAUAACCUACAACGGCAAACCUUUUUCAAACGCCAUGAAGCGGAACACCGGAUUUGUUACUCAGGAUGACAUCUUGUACCCUCAUCUUACCGUGACGGAGACCCUAGUCUUCACGGCUCUGCUCCGUCUGCCCAGGACUCUCACUAAACAGGAAAAGAUUGAGCAAGCGGACGCCGUGAUUACUCAGCUUGGGUUGACAAAGUGCAAAAACAGCAUCAUAGGUGGUGUCUUUCUGAGAGGGAUUUCCGGGGGAGAAAGAAAGAGGGUUAGCAUCGGACAAGAGAUGCUCAUAAACCCCAGUUUGCUUUUCUUGGACGAACCGACAUCUGGGCUGGAUUCCACCACCGCUCAGCGGAUAGUGUCCACGUUGUGGGAACUUAGUAAGGGUGGGAGAACAAUCGUGAUGACCAUCCACCAACCUUCGAGCAGGUUGUUUUACUUGUUCCAUAAAGUUCUUCUGUUGUGCGAAGGAAACCCCUUGUAUUUUGGGAAGGGAUCGGACGUCAUGAGUUAUUUCUCCACCGUUGGAUUUUCCCCCUCAGUCGCCAUGAAUCCCUCCGACUUCUUGUUAGACCUCGCAAAUGGUAUUACGGGUGAUGAUUCGCAGGCGGAUCAAGCGACAGUGAAGGAAACCUUAGUUUCCGCUUUUAAGACCAAUUUGCUAGAGAAUUUGAAGAUGGAACUACAUGAACUUAACGACGAGGAUGUUUCCAGCGCUGGCGACCAAAAGCAAUUCAAGCGAUGGGCAAUACCGUGGUGGGAACAAUUCUCAGUGUUGUUGAAAAGGGGAUUGAAACAGCGAAAGUACGAGUCCUUCUCAGGCCUGAAAGUUGGCCAAGUUUUGGUUGUAGCUUUUCUCACUGGGGCUUUGUGGUGGAAAUCCACCGACUUGCAAGAUCAGGUUGGGCUUCUGUUCUUCAUAUCGUCAUUCUGGGGAUUCUUCCCACUCUUCCAAGCAAUCUUUACAUUCCCAGAAGACAAAAUGAUGCUUGGGAAGGAAAGAUCAUCAGGCAUGUACAAACUCUCAUCAUUCUUCCUGGCAAGAACUGUGGGUGACCUUCCAAUGGAGCUGGUCCUUCCAACAGUCUUCGUCAUAAUAUCAUACUGGAUGGCCGGUCUGAAACCAACCGCCGGCAACUUCUUCUCCGCCUUAUCAGCCAUCCUCCUAUGCGUAUUAGUCUGCCAGGGCCUGGGGCUGGCCAUUGGCGCGUUCAUCAUGGAUCAGAAAUCCGCCACCACCCUCGGAUCAGUGAUCAUGUUAGCCUUCCUUCUAGCCGGAGGGUUUUACGUGCGCCACGUUCCCAGCUUCAUAUCAUGGAUCAAGUACAUAUCAAUCGGGCAGUAUACGUACAAGUUGUUGUUGGAGUCGCAGUACAAGCCGGGUGAGACAUAUCCUUGUACGUCCGGGUCUGGGGUUUGUUUGGUUGAGGAUCAUCCGGCCAUUAAGAAAAUAGGACUAGGGCAACAUGUAAUCUUCUCAGUGGUGGCAUUGCUUCUCAUGCUGAUAGGAUACAGGUUACUUGCUUAUGUAGCACUAAUGAGGGUUGGGAGAACCAAGUAGCUUAGCUUAGCUACCUAGGUUUAUACUAGCAGUAGAUAAUGGCUA